CGAGACUCACCGAACCGAUCAUAAAUUAAUACCAGAAUAAAUCAACUAUUAUCGGGCAUUAUUCUGAAAUAACAAACAGCGUGUAAAAACAUGUUAAACGGGUGUUUCAGGUGCUUGCUAGCUAUUGCUACCUGAUCUCUACUAGCUAGGCUAGUUAGCUAGCUAGCCUCUUAACGGUUAGCAGCGUCUAGUUAUCUAGCCACGUAAGAACGCGGCAAACGUCAACGUUAGACAAACUAAUAUCUCUUUCUUUCACGGGAAGCAGGUUCUCGAGUUUCUACGGGUGUCAAAUGUUGUAAUAAAUCCAGCUAACGUGUUUAGGCGUCGCUGCCUGUGACAGCUAACGCAGAGGCUGCCUGGUGUUGUCCGCUAGCCUGUUAGCUCUACAUGUUGCGCCGUGUGCGUGUGUGCGGUGAUAGUAAACGGCAGCACAUGACCACCGGCGCUGCUGUAAACACGGCGGGCAGACAUGACACCGGGAGCGCGGCUGUCACAUCUCGGCCGCAGCCGCAGCUACCGGCGGCCGGUGUGUAGGUCAGUGUGGCCGGCGGGCUGUGCUCCGCGGGAACGUGCCAGCCGCUCCGGUGCUUAGUAGUAGUAACGUUUACCGUGACAGCCGGCAUGUGCCGUUACCGGGCGGCCUUUUAUACCGGCUGUCAGCGCGACACCGGGCUGAAAUCUUAACUUUUAAAACGUAGUAAUGGCGUUAAAAUGCAGCCGCUGCAGUGACCCGCCUGUCUGACAGUUACUGACCCCGAGCUGGUAGAAAACAAACUCAUGUAGUUCAGCUAAUGACUAAUUCCUGCAAUUAUCUACAUUUUAAAUCCAUUAUUUCUUAUACUUGAACUUGCUGAAAGGUUUUAUAUUAUAUUAUUCCAACUAUAAAACAAGUAUUAUAAUGACCGCGAUGUAAUUUCGCUUCAGUAAUGUUCAAAAAAUGUUUAAAUCAUUUGAAUCACAAACGAAUCAGCUCUUGAUUUUUCUAUGAAGAUAUUUCUUUUGUUGAGGGUUAAGGACUGAAAAAAUGCUUUAUUUUAAUUUAACUCGUGCAUGUUUGUUGAAUAGUUCUGAAUGUUCUGCCUCAGAUUUGUUUAUUGAUCCACCGUUUGGCAUCAAGUGUUUGUUCUUAAAACCACAUGAACUUUCACUCAGGAGCAAAAAUCAACCUUUAAACUGAAAGAAAUAAUGAUUUCUCAUUUAUUCAUAUAUAUAUCCAGAUAUCCAAUUAUAUCGUGACAACAUUAUCACCCAGCUCGAGUUCUAACCUGUCCGACAGCACAACAUUAUUUCCAAGUAUUAUUUUACUUAUUUUAUAAAUGCUAGACAAGGACAUAAACCUACAGAUAUAUUGACUAUUCAAUAUAAAUAUCGAAUAAACAGAUGCAAGAACUAUGUGUAAAAGAAAAACAAAACAACAUGGCAGAUAUUUACGUGUGCAUGACUCCGGAUUUGUGUUGUGCAGACAUAUUCAGAGAGAGAGGAUUUGAUAUUAAGAUAGACAAAAUCCUAUGUCAGAGGGAAUAAAAUGCUUUUUAAAGAUGUUCCUCUGCGCCUGUGGGACAUUUUAACGCCGACCUGAUGGUACUGAAGGAGGUGAUGGUGGUCCUGCUUAAUCAGAGCGGCUUUCCCCCAUUUAAAUUAUCUCUAAAACACAAUAAUCACGUAAACUGUGCACUUCCAGUACAUAAACACAUCUGUAGUGUGAAUAUAACCCUUGUUCUUAUUUUUCUAUUCCUUCUAUAUUGUAUUUUUUCAACUAAAGUAUAUUUGUGUGGGAUCAAUCAAGUUUAACUUAUCUUAUGGCUGUAAAUCCGUUUUUUUUAAAGGACAUAAAGGUUUGGGAUCUUUGGGAUCUUAACUAGAAUAUUAAAUAAAGUUCUGCAGGUUUGAGCAACACAUCUUGAGUUUGUACUCGGGCUGCAAUUAAUAAUUGUUUUUAAUUUAUCAUCAGCAUCAAAUGUAAGAAAAUAGUGAGUAGGCUCCGGCAGGUUGUCGGCACUCGCGCAGUCCGAAACACGAAGAGAUUCUGUUCACGCUGAUAACAUUUGAGCAUCUGAGAAACAGGAAUUUUCCUCAGUUGCCACUGAGACGACUCGUCGUUGCAUGAAGUGUAGAAACAAGUAUUGUGACCAAGUGUUUUUUUUGCCUGUGUCCUCGUCAGAUGGUGCUACUCAGCACCGGUUAGUUGGUCCAGAUGUCGGAGGACCAGCGGCACCGGCGGGGGGAGGCCGGUCUGGAGGCGGGGGAGGGCGACACAGAGCCCAGCAUGCUGCUGCAGAAACUCAAGAGCAACAUCUCUAAGAGCGUUCAGACCAAAGUGGACCAGAUCCUGCAAGAUGUUCAGCGUUUCUCCGACAACGACAAGCUGUACCUGUACCUCCAGCUGCCCUCUGGACCCAGCUCCGGAGACAAGAGCGGUGGUGACUCCAGUUCGUUCAACACAGCCGACCAGCUUCACACCUGUAACUGGAUCCGCAGUCACCUGGAGGAGCAUUCAGACACCUGCCUGCCCAAACAGGACGUCUACGAGACCUACAAGAGAUACUGUGAGAACCUGCAGCAUCGCCCGCUGAGCGCCGCCAACUUUGGAAAGAUCAUCAGGGACAUUUUCCCCAACAUCAAGGCCCGACGGCUCGGCGGCAGAGGACAGUCCAAGUACUGCUACAGCGGCAUCAGGAGGAAGACGGUCCUCAACAUGCCUCUGCUGCCCAACCUGGACCUGAAGAACGACCCGUCGGAGCUGACUGAGCUGGUCCAGACGUACAAACAGGAAGUGACAGAGGCGGCGUGCGAGCUGAUCUGCGAUUGGGCGCAGAAGAUCCUGAAGCGUUCCUUCGACACGGUGGUGGAGAUCGCUCGGUACCUGAUCCAGGAGCACAUCGUCAACCCUCGCUGCAGCCAGGCCGAGCUGGUCACCUCUGCAGCGCUCGCAGGAGGUCCAGCGAAACCUCACAAGGUCAUCAAGAAAACUCCCGUCAUCUCUAAACCCGAGGGCGACGGCGCCGCCGAUCAGAAGAAGGAACUCGGAGACUCUUCCUCCUCGUCUUCACUGAAGCCGCCGCCUGGAGAAAAACCAGCCGCGGCAGCCAAACCUUCCUCCCUGGAUGCCGCUCCUCCUCCUCCCUCCUCUCUGCGUCCUGCGGUGGAAGCCUUCAUGAAGCAGUUACCCAGAAUCCUCCCUCGGAGCUCCAUCCCCGAUAAGACCCAGCUCUCGGUCCGCUCCUCUCCGCCCUCGCUGGCUCCCAAAGACGCCUCAGGCAUUGGGGGUGCGUCAGGACCCGGGGGCCCGGCCGCAGCCGCCGCCGCCAGCGGUGGUGGGGUGAAGGUCAUCGCCAUGGCGACGCUGCCCCAGCAGCAGGGCGGGCCCGUCCCGCUGAUGAUCCUGCCGCAGAGCUGUCUGUCGUACGAGAGGGAGAAGGUGGCCCCGCCCCCGCCGCCUCCUCCCCAGCAGCAGCAGCACGCCCCUGCAGCCCCCACCUCUGUGGUCCAGAAAGCAAGAGGGAACGCCAGCAAGCGCCCCCUGGAGGUGCCGUCAGGCGGUGGAUCUGCUUCCAACGCCCCUCCGGUGAAACGGAAACGUGGACGACCAAGAAAACCUCGGCCAGAGGACGCCCUGCCUCCUGCUCCUCCUCCUCCCCAGCCUCCCCCUCCUGCGCCUCCCUCCCACACGCCCAUCAUCACCUCCAUGACCGGCAGCGUCAUCCAGAAAGCCUCCUCCUCCUCCUCCUCUUCCUCGCAGCCAGUGCUGGAGCUGGUGAUCCAGGACCAGCAGGGGCUGGUUCUGAGUCCCCUGCCGGCGGUGUCUGACCCGGCUCACCGGCUGGUGGAGCACCGCGGGGUGGUGGUGCAGUGUCAGCCGGGCGGGGCGGGUGAGCCGGACCACCAGCCCCGGCCCGUGCUGCUGUUCCAGAGUCAAGGAAACCACUGCUGGGAGCUGGCGGCGCCGGGACGGACCCCGAUGGUGGAGGUCAUUCAGAAAGCUCCGAGACCGAGCAAUAACAACAGCAGCGCCGCUCCUCCGCCCGCAGCGCUCCUCCACGCUCCUCCUCCUCUGCCCACGCUGCACGAGGAGCAGGGGGAGGUGGAGAUAACGUUGACGCCGGUGGAGAUGCACGACGACGCGCCGCUGCCUUCCACCUCUUCUUCUUCUGCUGCUCCUGCAUCCUCUCCCUCCAUCUGCUCCAUCACUGUGAUGAAAAGUGAGGAAGAGGAGGCGGGAGAGAGCGGCAGCACCUCCUCACAGGGGGAGGGACACUAACUCCCGUCACUCUUCUUCCUCGUCUUUUUUUAUCAGCCCCCCCUCCCUUCACUCAGCUUUUACCUCACCUGCAACAAACCUCUCCCUUAUUGGUGGAAAUCCCAGAUUGGCGAGAGCAGAGAGCCAAUCGAGGUGGAUACAUGAAGCCACGCCCCCUCGACUGUCCUUCCUCUCGUCUCAUUGCACUUGUGAACAGACUGGACGCUUUUAGAAAAGACUGUCUGUCAGAUGUGGCUGAAACCAGAAGAACGGACUCCUCAAGUGGCCUCGCAUCAAACUGUCCUCUCUUCCCUGCUUGCUUCCUUCCUUGCCUCCUCGUAUCCUUCAUCUCCAGGCUCCUCAUUUUCUGUGCUGAGGUUUGCUCGUCCGCUGCAUCGCUUCCGCUGCUUCAGAUCGAUUUAUAGAGAAAUAAAACACAGAUAAAGAUAGAAAAAAGGAAGGAGGGUCGAUGGAAGAAUAAUAGGAAGAGGGGAAGGAGACAUGUGCUCAGUAUUGAAUCAGGCCCCAGACAGAGUUCAGCCUGAAGUAUGUGGAUACAGCAGGUACUACGGGUCAGAGCCUUGGAAAGGUUCUUUGUGCUAAAUAUGAAAUAUUUAACAGAGUUCAGCCUCGAUUCACCUUCAGUUCAUGGAAAUCUAAGAUGUUUCUGGAUGUUUUCAAGCCGUGAAAAACUUCCCUAACUCACCGGGAAGGCGAAGCUAAAGGCGCUUAAAAGCUCAAACGUAAACAGUUUUGGUUUGAAUGUGAAUCGAAGUCCGGCUCUGCUCUCCUCUUUGAAGAGUUCCUCUGUUCUGAACGGCUUUUGGUUUGUUGUGUUUGUGUUCAGUGGAUAUUUCUGAUCGUCCUGUGUGAGAGAGAGAAAUAUUGUGUAAAAUGAGCCGUGCGAAUCUAAAUUAUUUAUUUAUCCAGAUUAGUCGAGGCUAACAAGGACAUUUUAUCAUUAGACUCGUUUCAUUAAAUUUAAGGUAUUUCAGGUCCAAGUCUGUGGGGGGCGGCGGCCACGUUUGUCAGUUCAGCGAAGCCAUUUCGGAUCUGGUUCCUGUUUACCCCCAAUCUCUAAUCGAAACCCUUUAUCUGUCUUUGAUUAGCAAAGAGACGAAACAUUUAGGUGCCUGCUUUUCAUUUCAAGCCGCCAAACAACCCCGGCAGCAGAUCCUAUCAGAACUUUAAACUCUGAGGCGACAAAUUUAACGGAAUGUAACGGCGCUGAAGAAUCACGAGAGCAGAAUUAUGUUUGUGCAGACCGAACCGUUAAAACCCUUCCUGGAUCAAGUAAGCUUGAGAUGACAAAUGGUGCGUUCCGGUUGUACUGGGAAGACGGAAAGUUCCAAGUCGGAAAUUUCAACAGGAACGGGCCCUUAAAUUGGAUUUCCAACUGUACCCCCAACGUCGUGAUUCAAGAUGGCGGCUCUGAGUAUCAACGGUUAGUUAAAGCUGCCAAAAUAAAAUCGUGAUAUAAAAACAAAUUAAUUUACAGGCCAGUCCUGCUCGAGUAGCUUAUACAUUACCUUGUCCACAAGAACAAAAACUUAAACACAGUCUAAAUCAAAGUAUUUGAUUAAAGAAUCAGAAACAGUAUUUAUGGUAUUGGGUACUCUUUGCUUCGAACACGGGCCUGCCUACCACAGCGAGACCCGACCUGUUUUCAUUUUUAGUUAUUUUUUUGUUCGUCACCUUCCCUUUUCCCUCCAAGCUACUUUACCCCGAGUCCUCUCAGUGUUUCUCCUAUACGCAUUGAGCAGCGGCGGUGAGCAGCGUAACUCCUGGAAGGAAUCAGGAGGCGCGUAGCGAGCGUUUGAUUGUCCGAGUGGCAGAAAGUGACAGGUUUGUCUGUUGUUUUCUCACAUGCUGGAAAACAUCUCUCCUCCCCUGCAGACUGCGCAAAGAAGGGAAGCUUAUACUGUAGCCUAGGCUGCGUCUAUUGGCUGCUACGUAACUGAACACUAGCUCAAUUUAUAGAGAGUAUAAAUUCUGUUGGUUAUUUAUUAUCUCCUCUAUUUGUUCAGAGAUAUGGUGAAAAUACAUAUUCUUCAUUGGAAAACAUAAGAUUUUCUUGGGGGAGGAUCCCCAAACCCCCCGACCACCACGAACUACACCAAAACAUUCAGCUAAAGCUCACAUUAAACUGGGAAAACACUGAAAUUUUAAGCUGUUCUAAGGUGCAGACACCAGAGCAAUGUUGCUGAGACAUGUUGUGUUUGGGUUUUAUAUUCUAACAGAAAUAUUGCUUCACCUCCGCUGCUACAACUCCAUCCUAGGGGAAACACUGCCUCGUGAGACUGACAUUAGCACUUAAAGUGUCUCCAGCCUCCGCUCGCUGGGAUACAAAUGUCAGUAAAUGAAUAAUUUGUGGCGUCUAAUCGCAGCCAGAAAAACAGGUUUAAAGUUUCCAUGUUGACAAAAAUGGCGUCAGCUCAGGCAGAAAGAGCAAAGCACAAAGUUACCUGCCACGUAGCGAAAAAAAAAAAAAUGUUAUAAUGCAGUAAAAAAUAAAACAUUUAUUAAUGAGGGAUAUUUGCAGAAAAUUAGCUUCUGUAGCACUAAAGUUUAGUCUAUGUGAUUAGCCUGCUUAGCUGUUGUUGUAUGUUGCCAUGCGCCCUUUGCACUAACUCUUCGACCACCUCUUGAUCACCACUGACACACUGUCGGAUCAGCAAUGUGACACGACCAUGUUUGAAGACGUAACCUGAGACACUCUUUUGGCUUUCCCGUCAACUCGUUUGCUUUGGUACGAGCUCGGAGACGCUGGCUGUUUUUUUUUGUUUGCUGCUCAUGCUAACUACCCACAGUUCUUCUUUUUCAGUUUAUGGCAAACAGAUGAGAAAAGCAGAAUACAUUACUGUCCCUGCAGGAAAGAGAAAUCAAAGAGUGACUGAAGAAGUUUUUAUUUUUGGAGGGUACAUUUGUGUAAAAUGGGAAAAGAUAGGUACUCAUUGAAAGACACAAAGAUAGAAAAGAAAGAUGCCAAAAAUGACAUUUAAAAGAAUAAUUUUAAUGAUUUUUUAUAGCUGAAUUUAAUCUCUGUUGUCCAAGGAAGGUUAAAACCAAGAGUCAGUCCAAACUGAAGAAGCCUCUUGGAAAAGACGUCUUCAGGGAACCUUGAUUUAACCCUCUUUGGAUAAGUAGGACUUCAAGAAAAACCUUCAGUCUUAGAGGUGCAGGAAACUUUAUUUAGAACAUUUAUACAUUUUAUAUGUAUAAUUCACUUGGAAAAGUAUUUAGAGUUGCAGAAAAGUCCAGAUGCCAGUUUUGCAUCCAACUAGAAGUUACUCUCCACAUAAAUAUCUCUUUUCUUUGUCACUUGGAAAAAGCUCAGUGUUUGAUUUAUGGUUAACAUCUUACCCUGACAUACAUGUUUCACCUGUAAUAGUCAACAAUCAACAGCAGUUGAAGACUGAAAACGUACAACAAAAACCUAUUUAGUUACUAAUUCACAAGUUUCCUGCACCUUUAACCACAAAAAACAGUUGAUUGAUUGUGUGAAAGGUUCGUCUUUUUGCUGAUGAUCUCAUGCUGUAAAGGAAAAGUAUAAAGGAUUAAAGAAAUACAUUUAAAUAAUACUGAUGAGCUUUCCCUUUAGGCUGAACCUCACAAUCCACCCAGAACAACACAACAAGUUAAAGUUUUCCAUCGUUUCACAAAUAGGUCGCACACUAGGAAGAAAAAAAGCACUGAAAACACAGAAUCAUUAAAUGCAUAACCUUUUGUGUCAACCUGGAAUAUUUUGAAAAGAAACUCCAAAAUAAUAAAAAGGCACUUGUGUUCGGCAGCUGGGUUUUGGUCUGUUGGUCAGACAAAACGAAGACUUCCAAGUUGGUUUUCACAGUUUUCAGAUAUUUCAUUGCCCAACGGAUUUAUCUGUUCGUAAAGAAAAUAAUCCACUAAUUAAUCAAAAAGGAGUUGCAGCCCUAAUGGAAACUCUAUAAGCAGACACCAUCCAUCUUCAACCGCUUAUCCGGGGUCGGGUCCCGGGGGUAGCAGCUCCAGCAGGGGACCCCAAACCUCUCUUUCCCACAUUACCCAGCUGUGACUGGGGGAUCCUGAGGCUUUCCCAGGCCAGAGUGGAGAUAUAAUCUCUCCUCCUAGUCCUGGUUAUUCCCUAAAGACCAUAACGCCAUCACAAGUUGUAUAAGAAUAAACAAAUCUUUGCUCAGCUCUACUAGUUAGUUUUAAAGAAGAAGCAGGACCAUUAAACGUGCAUGACAUUCAGUUACAAACCUCGUUAGUCAACCACGAAUAAGUUAAUGAGUUUCUUCACGACUAAGCUGACGAAAUUAUUCGCUCUUCCUCCUCUUCUUCUUCCGUCAUCAUGGUAAUGCCACAUUGCUGACGUCUGUUCUUCGCCUCUUGCCAAACAUGCCUCUCGCUCCACGUGAGGGCGUCUUCUUCAUCGUUGGUGCUACAAAGUGCAGGGCUCGGCGCCGCCCUCGGCCCUCGCUGUUUUCCAUCCUGUAAUCACAGAUUUAGUAAAAAAAAAAAAAAAAAAAAAAAAACCCACAAACUACAACUUUUUGUCGGCACGUCAAGGUGUGAAUAAUGUGUGUGUUCUGAGUGUGUGUCCUUGUUUCCCUCCGUUCUGUGACAACGAGAGCUUCAGGUCGGUUGAAGGGACGCCGAAACAUGUUACGACUGUUAAGUACAAUAACUGUUGCAUGAUGGGAAAGUGAGUUCAAGACUUUAUCCUUUGCCAUGAAGUGGCUGCAGCCGAGCUCGCACCAGUACCUGUAGUUUAUAAUUAAAAGGAGCACUAAUGAUGCCAUUAAGUCUUUGUUUAAGUGCCAAUAUUUAAACUUUUCCACUGGUGACUAAAAUGUCUCGGCCUCCCUUUAAGCGCCAAGCCUCAGCCCGCACAGAGCUGAAACAAAUGAAAAGUUGCACUGUUUAGAAUUUAAAACAAGAGAAAGUCCUGGUAUGUUAUGAAUUUAUUAUCAUAUGCAUUGAGAAAAUACAUUGACGAGUAUUUAUGAGUGAUGUAACGUCCUGCUUUAUGCUUGCACACGCUAGAGUCCGACUGAGCAGUUUAUGGCAAAACUUUCAUCAUAACAAUAAUAAUAAUCCUCGUUUAAAUUGCUCAGUAGUGAGUUCAACAAUAUGAAUAAACACAUUCUGUUCUAUUGAACAGAUUAAUAGACUGAACUAGAAAGGCGGGUUAAAGCAACAUUUCACUUGAUGGCUAACGUCUACCGCUACAGGGAGCGCUCGUUCGUACGAUCGCGUCUAAAGGCAAGAACCAUAGGUGUGGACUCGACUUGGACUCGAAUCAUGACCGGUGACUUUAGAUCGGACUUGACAAAAUCCUAGAAGACUUUGACUCGUGACUCUCCUGGGAGCCCAAAUGUUUAAAAAAAUGUAGGUUAUAAAGAAAGUGUGCCGGGAAUCAGCAACAGAUGUACUUCAGCUUCCAAUCACGUCGCACGUGCAGGAGGUAGUGGUGUGUUAGUCUAAUCUGCAGUCUGGCAAGUAACUUGUUUAGGACUUGAACUUGACUUGACACGACACUUGUUGGUGUUGACGUGGGACUCGACGAGAAACUUGGUUCGGUUGUGAGACUUGCCCUUGUUAUUACUUCCGACAUUGGAAAGAUGGUUUUAGAUGCUGUUGGAUGAUGCAAAAAGGACUUUGUUUGAACUUGAAUCAGGACUUGUUGGUUUUGACUCGGUACUUGUCAGUCUUGACGUGGAACUCGACAUGGAACUUGGCUCGGUUGUGAGACUUGCCGUUUUGAUUAAUUCUGACAUUGGAAAGAUGGUUUUAGGGGCUGUUGGAUGAUGCGACAAGGACUUUGAACUUUACUGAGCACUUGUUGGUCCUGAAGUGGAACUUGACUUGGAAACUUGUUGGUUUUGACUCUGCACUUGUCAGUCUUGACCGGGGACUCAACAAGGAACUUGACUCGGUUGUGGGACUUGCCUUUGUUAUUACUUCCGACAUUGGAUAUGUGGUUUUGGAUGCUGUUGGAUGAUGCGACAAGGACUUUGUCUGAACAGGACUCGGCACCUGUUGGUCUCAAUAAGCCAACCAAAACCUAAUUUGAAGCUUACUGAGGCCUUGCUCCUGGCGAUCAACUAAAGGAGAGCAACCAGACCGUCAGGUUGUCCAACAGGUUGUCCGAGUGGUCGUCAGCAGUCCCCACUUUGACUGAGUUUAUAACUUCAAACGUCAAAUUGGCCUUUUAAGGUUAAGAAGUUGCAUUGCGUCAAUAAAACAGAAAAUAAUCUUCCAGAAAGCAGCUGAGACGUGUCCCGCUCCUGAUAUCAAAGUGAAAUGUUGCUUUUAGCAUCUUGUCGGGAACCUAUAGCCGAUGUAAAGGUUUCAGAGUGACACCUGAGGUUCCCUUUGCAGGACCUGCUGGGCCAAACUGGGCUAAAUAUGAAACAAGUUUGGAAACGUUCUGGACAUGAAAGCAAUCUAAAUGAGUUCAACUGAGGGUUCAAUGUAAGUCAGUGAAGGAAGCCUCAGGUUGGACCACCAACUGGACCAAUUGGAGACGCAAUGUUUCCUGUGGACACAUUCGGGAAGGGACUUCUGCAUCCAGAAGGAGAAAAAGUUUAUCAGCCAUUCACACAUGGUAUGAAAUCCCGGUUUUAUGCCAUUCAUGGUUCUUUAACUGGGCAAACUGGAUAUGAACAGUUUCCUUUUAUAACUGUAGAUGUUUGUAAGGAGCCUGAAACAGGAACAGGACUGUGGACGAUCCAAAAAUAAGUCAGAGAAGUGGUUUGUGGCCGGCUGACUGGGCUAACUGGACAUCUGAAGUUUCCUUCAGAACCACAGUCUGGGAGUUCAGCUUUAGAAUAAGUUUGAGAUUAGAUCACAACAACAAGAAGCCCUUGUUCAGCUCAGUUUGGCACUUUAUAAUCUAUGUGAAUAUGGAAGAAGCUUGGAAAAUCUGCAGCACUCUGGAAGUCCAGAUCCAGUAGGAGACCACGAGAGGGUUGAAGGCAAGUCACUGACGGGACUUUGGCCCAUUGACUGGGCUGAAGAAAAUGUGUGAACGUUUAGCAGCGUUGUGAAAGUCAAGAUCUGUUUGGGAAAUGGUCAAGAGCGAGUCAGGAAUUGCAAGAAGACCCAGUUUGACUCUGAUUAGCCCUUAAACUGGGAUAACUGGACCCGGUGGUGUUUUGCUGAGAAAGAUCGGAUUAAGUUGUCUGGGAAAAGCCUCGACAUUCAGCAGAUUUGUGAACGGCAAGAUUUAAAGAGGGUUCCAGAAAUGGUUCAGAACAAGUCAGUGAUGGCAAGAAAACCCCAGUUCGGCCCAGUUUGGCCCAGUUCGGCCCAGUUUGGCCCAGUUCGGCCCGGUUAGUUGCUGCAUUAGGAACCUGGGUUUGAAGGUGGUCGUGGGAAUUUUUCACUGUGGAGCCGUGUUGCUCAAAACAAACAAAAAACACCGUAAACGGGUCAGAUAAUCAAAGAUUAAAGGAUCGGGAUUCGGGUAGCGGUGUGUUGACCUCCAAGGAUCAGACUCAAUGACACAACGUCCUCUGAUGUCACUUCCUGUUGUGGAUCCGUCUGUGUUUUUUUUAAGGCGCUACCUGCAUCGCUUUUUAACUUUUUUUUACUAAUUAAUUUGCCGUACUGACGCCUGAUGCAGUUCACUGAAGACGUUUUUUAUUCUGAUUCUCAUUUGUGACGCCUCUUAGCUGCUUCUGUUCCAUCUUCUGUUCUGAUUGGUCUUGAGUCUCAGACGCCUCGACCUCAUUUUGGGGUCGUCAGAGUCAAAUUAAUCAAGUCGUGCUCUGUGCAGUUUCACUGUAACGAGUGUCAGCUGACUGUCACGUGACCCUCAGCUGACGCCAACAUGUGAGCGACUCAGAAGAGUUUAAGACGCGGAAGAUUCAAAGAAAGAAAAAUCUAACUUCAUUUUCCUUUUAUUUAUUAUCGCGAGACGUCAGUGAACAGAAAACUGCUUUUAUUACAUUUUAAACAAAAGAGAAACGUGUCAUGAAGCGAAGCACUAAAGUUUAAAUGAGUUGAAACGCAGAUGAAGUCUGGUGAGCGGCUUGAAGGUGACGAGAUGACGAGGCGUUUGUACGAGCGAGCUGGUCGGGGUCAAACACCGCAGUUAUUGUGAAGGUGAUGAUGAUGAUGAUGAUGAUGGUUAACUCCCAGUAUAUACUGAAAGUAGCCCUGUUUCCUGUCAGAGACCCACUCUUGAGUUUUUAUAAUUUCACCUCCUGAACUCCUAAAUGUCCUUUUUUUCCAACUGAUUUUGAGACGUUUCAGGUUCAAACCUGAAGAAAAAAGGGAAUUCUUUCUGUUAUUGUUGCCCUGAGUGAAGCCUUCCAGGCGCAGCUACCUCUCAGGCUCAGGAACUCUGGGUAAUGGAGUCCUGAACAGCCCUGAGUGGGACUCUGACACCAAACAGCACGUUUAGAGCUCCAUGCAGCCAUUUUCUGUUUCACUCUGUGGAAAUAAGAUUUGUUUCACCAUCGAUGUUUUUACUAAAUCUAAUACGUUUGUUUAUUUGUUGGUCGGUCUUUUGUUGUUGUUGUUGUUGUUUUGUUUGCUCUUUCCUGCGGUUGUACAGCUUGUUGAUGUGCAGAUUUUAUUAUUACUGCUAUGAAGAUCUUUUCAGUGUCUUUGCUUUGUGGAAGACGCUGCCGGCUUCCUGCAUGGUUUCCUGUGAUUGUCUGUUUUUGUAUAUUAUUAACUUUUGUUUCCCUGUAACCUGCUGGCUUUGUGUUGUUGUUGUUUUUGCACUUUACUCUUUUUUAUUAAAUAUGGAAGUUUUGGGGGUCGACGUCGGUCCAAGAACACGACCCUUCCCCGGCCACCCUUUGGUUUGAAAAACCCCUGUAAUCCGUGAAAUGCACCUUUACCACACUUUGUUUUCCUCCAGCCUGUUUUUGUUUUUGUUUGUUUGUUGUGAAGAGAAACAGAAAAGUGACGGAGGACAGGAGCCAGAACAUUAAUGUGAAUCUAUUUUCCUACGCUGACUGGAAUAAAGGAAGUGACGAUCACUGGCA